UCCAGGCGGAGAAACUCAAGGAAGCUUAUCGAUCGGACAAGUCAAGAAGAGAAUUAAGGGAAUCAACUACAAACUUAAAAAUCAAAAGUGACCGAGGCAGGACAAGAAACAAAGAACGAUCGAACUCCACAAAAAGGAACACACCUAUUUACAAAAAACCAACCAACGCUAAAAACAACCACACCAUCCUCAAACCAACCACUACAUAAUCACAAUGGACUACUUCAUAACCACUCCCUUUCAUCAUCAUCAUCAUCCAGUUUACCACCCCAAACCACAUCAAAGGCAAACCUACCAUCACCAUCAUCAUCAUCAUGUUCAGAAGAAGCCGAAUCCCAUUAAACUCAACCGACCCAAGCAUCCUAGAAGAACUACUAGAACGACAACAACAACCAUCACCCCCUACUCCCAACACUCUCAGAUUCAUGAUACCCCCCGAAUCACCAUCACACUCAUCAACCCAGCACCCUCAACCACGUCUCAAAUCACUCAUCAAACUGGAUCAUCUACUACGCCCCCUCACCAUCCUUAAGACUCGUCGGACUCCGUCUACUCCAAGGAAACCCGAUCCCUCAAGAUCGAAUGGGCUUCAAAUCUCGUUUCUUCAGUCCCAAGUCUCCGAUUCCGGAAUAUCUUCAGCCAAGAAGGAUCAAGAAAAAUCAAUCAACUAA